CUGGACCAAUGAGAGAUCGACAAAUAAUUUUCAUACAAACAAAUUGACAAGUACAGGGGCCCCAUAAUUCCUGUCGUAUUUAUUUACAAAUUUAGCUAAUUAUUUCAUUCGCAGUGUGUGAAACUUGUAAAGAGCUCGCGUUUAAAAAAGGCUGUAAUAAUAUUGCGUCAGCAUCAGUUAUAAAUCCCAGUUUGUAAGAACGCGCACGCGUAUAAUUGAAAUAAUUUUGCGUAUUAUUGUGGUUGUGAUAAAAUCACGAGUUGUUUGUUAUCUAACUGAACAGGGUCAAUUGGAUGGUUAAAAAUGAUCCCAGAUAACGUGACGUUGAUCGUGAAGGCUCCUAAUCAGCAGGUGGAGGAUCAGAACAUUGAAUGUCAGUCGUCUUGGACGAUAGGACAAUUGAAGGGCCACUUAUCUGAAGUCUAUCCCAGCAAACCGAGCAAGGAUGAACAGAAAAUCAUAUACUCAGGCCAGUUAUUAGAAGACAAUGCCAUAUUGAAAGACGUACUACGCACCUAUGAGAGUCAGAUAGCUCAUAUUAUGCACCUAGUGUGCACGCCGAAGCGAAGAAUGGGCGACGCUGCCGACAUUGAGGGUUUAAGGCGACGCAACGUCCCUAGUGUUAACCCUCCCGAGACUGAACCAAGGACAGAAAGACCGGAAGUCACCACGAGACCGGAGACAAGACAGAACGAUCAAAACCACACUGUAGAAAUGCAAAAUUAUUUGACAUCUUUCGUGAACAACUAUGGAAGAGUUCCACCGUACCCUAACUAUAAUUUUGGUGAGGGAUACUUGCCCGUGACCAACGACCCGGCCUCCAUGGCGAAUCACAUGAUGAUGAUGCAACAGGCUUAUCUGCAGUAUAUGCAGCAGUAUGCUAAUAUGUGGCAAGCGAACGCGGCGCCCCCCGCCCCGUCCGCGGAGGCGCCCCCCUCCCCCGCGGCGGCGCCCCCGGCGCCCCCCGCGCCGCCCGAGGACCCCGCGGAAGAUGGACUCGCUCGCGAUUGGCUCGACCAUCUGUACGCGGCCUCCAGGCUUGCAAUACUAUUCUCACUAGUGUACCUCUACGGAAGUCCCGCGAGGCUGCUAUUGGUGCUACUGUUGGCGGCUGCUGGCUAUCUACACCAAAUCGGAUUCUUCCGCGACCUUCACGUGAACCCCGCGCAAGCCGAGCGACGCAACGAGAGACCGGAAAACCAGAACCAAGCCAAUCAGGACCAGAACCAACCCAACCAGAACCAAGACCAACCCAAUCACAACCAAAACCAACCCAAUCAGAACCAAGCUGAAGAAAUACCAGUGGACGCGAGGGACGACGUUAUAAACAAUGACAAUGUUAAUAACCAAUCGUUGCUCGCUGUUACAUGGAUGAUAUUCACGUCAUUUUUCGCUUCACUAAUACCGGAUACCAACUAGGGAAAAGUUUUUAAUCUCUAUUGGUGACAAGAACUGGGAAAAGGCCAAAAAAUUGUAAGUAUUUGGAAAUCUCAUUGUUGGAAGUGUUGCCAACGUAAAAGAUGUGUUUUUUUUUGUGUAUUUAUAAAAAUCUUGCCGAGUCAAUGGUUUCGAUUUUAAGUUUUAAGAUACAAAUUUUUAUGUAGAUUUCUAUUGUAUAAUACAUAUACUCGUUGCGUUAUUAUAGUCCAGAAAAUCAAAACUUAUUAUUAGACGUUUUAAUACGGGGUAGACAGAGCGUUGGAACGUAAAACCGCAAAGGUUAUGGAAAUUUUGCGAAGGUAUUUGUUGUAAUAAUAUCCUUCUUUUCAGUUAAUCUAUAGAAAGUAUGAAUCUAUUCCAGCAAUUAAUUCAUUUUACACGUCCAGUAAAAGACUUAAAACUACAUAAAGUAAUCGUUGAACGAUAGAACUAUGCAAAGCGACUUGUUGAAAUUCCUUGUUUGAAAAUCGUGACUAAAAUUGUUGAUUUUAAGAUUUCCCAUAUGAAAAUAAAAGUCUUACUCGUAAAAAUAUCACGCUCAUGCUAAAACCCGAAUGAGUUUUAGAUAAAAUAUAUUUUGUCUCCUUUCAAUACCAAUAUGUAUUAGAAAAAGAGGGAAAAACAUUGUUUUAUCUAAAAUAGGUUUAGCAAUCGCAUUAUAUUUUUUUAAUUGCCGUUUUUCUAGGCUAUUGUGAGAUUUGAAUUCUGUACUGAUGUAAAACCAAAUAAUAAUUGUAAAUAACUUAUUUUUAGAUAUAGCGGUAUAUUAAUAGUGUUCUUCAGUGAUUUUGAUAUUGAGAAGGAUCUUUCGUAUGUGAAAUUCGAGAAACCAAUCAAAAAAUAGACAUAUCGGCCAAUCUACAAUAAGAAUCUAUUUCGGCUUUGUCAUUGGCUGAAAUAGUAAACGUACAUAUUUUAUUAAACGAAGUGAUUGUAUUUAAAUCGAUAUCCCUUAGUUUUUAAUCUGGCUGGCGUAAAAAUAUAUUUGUUAAGAUUUAUUAUUCAAGAUAUCACAAUGGGUCAACUAUUUUUCUUUAAAACUUAAGUCCUUGUGCGCACGAGCGCUUUUUCGACGCGCUUAAAAGAGUUAAAAUGAAAACUCGGUUAAGUCGAAAGCGUUUUUAAAACGUCAACUUCCGAGAGCUUUUUUAACUCACGCGAACCAGGUCUUAUUUGUAAACUAGUCUAUACUAGGUGGGAGGUUCUACUAAACUUUCAAACAUGUUUUUUUUUAAAUACUAAAGUCUGUUUUUAUGGCACACGAAGAGAAACGUGCAACAAUAGUUUUCUCUAAUGAAAACAUAUUACUAGUAAUUAUAAAAUGAUAUAUUUGUUAUCAAGAAUUACAUAAAUAACAACAAUAUGCUCAUUGUUAAAGAGUAAUAAAUAGAUACGCUAGAAACGCAAGGAUGAACUUUAUAUUUAACGUGCUAAAGUACAUAAUUGAUUUAACACCAAAUUACUUUCUUUUUAUCUACCGAAUAUGAUCUUUAUUCUUGUGUUCUUAGAUCUUUUAAAUUUGCUUGCUCUAAAUUCAGACUUUAAAAAGUACUUGUGUACAUAGCUUAUGUAAAUCCCUUUUUUUUGUGAUUGGGUGUGUAUUGCUUCCAUUUUUAUUUAAUGACAUUGUCAUGUAACCUAGUUUUGUUUGUGUUUCAUUGAAACUGAAAGUUCCCAAUUACUAUUUCGUUAGUCCAAUGGUUCCGGUUUGAAUUGGAUUGCUGCGCUUCCACAUUCAGUGAAUUCAUUAUAUUGUUUUGAAGUUUUAUUUAUUUCAAAGUGUAAACUAAUCGUAAUAAGUAAUAUGUAUUUAAAAACAUAUUUGUACAAACUUGAUGACUAAACCUCUUUAAAGUGUACCUUAAGCUAAAGUAUGUUUUGUCUUGUUCUGUCAAUGUCAAAUAUUGUGAAACAGCGAGCUAAUACAUAUUAUAGCUUGAAGUAUACUUUAAACUUUUUUAUGAAUAAGAAGUUCAGUUCGGUGAUGUUUUCGUAUCAUUGAUUUUUUUUUUUUUAUUAGAAACAUUAAAUUUCUUGAAAAUAACUAAAAUAUUAAUGAUUUUUUUUCUCUUGAAAAGCAUAUUUCACCUCCGUGCUUGGGAAAACAGCAAAUAUGUGGAUUGAUUGAUAUGACAAUGUCGAUGGAGUAUUCAUGUACUAGUUUGCCGACGCAUACUUUUCGUGAUGAGCUGUUUUACCGAUACUAUUUUGCAUAUUUGUGUUGCGAAAGAAUACUUUCUUUCAUGUACAAUUUAUCCAGUUUCACUGAAUAAAACUUCAUUUAGUUAGGAUUUAAACAUAAUUUAUUUUAGCCCCUAUUGUUAACAUUAAAAUUAUGCUUAUAUUUAAACAACAUCAUACAAAGAUUGCCUGCAUUUUGUAAUGUGUAAAUUUCUAAUAUUAAAAAUUACAUAUACUAUGUAUAAAUUAUUAGGACGUCGGUGAAUUAAUAGGAUUUUACGCACGGGAUAGUCAGCUAUGUUAAAAAGUAAAAUUUAAAUUCUCAAAAAUCGUGUUUUCUCUGUCUCGAUAAGUAGCUAGACAGAGACGACACAAAACAUACUUUAAAUGCUUUCGUGUUAUCGCUUAAACUUGAACUAAGUUUGAAAUACAUCUAUUGUCUUUGUAAUUAAAAGUUUCAGCAAAUUUUAGAUAAAAUAUAUUUUGUCCCUAUCACUCUUUCCAAUUUUUGACAUAAAAAAAAGGAGACAAAACAUAAUUCUAAAAUGGACUGAAUGAAAGUGUUAACUUUUCGUACGUAGUAUUGAUUCUCUAAAUUGGUUUCACUCAAAAAGAAGACAAUAAUUUGUAGCCUCCUGUGUGUGUAAAAUUCUACUAAUACGCCAGUUUAGAAUAAUGGAUUCUUUAUGUUCUGUGAUAAGGUUCGUUUUCGUUUGCACGGUCGUGAAUAAAUUUUUUGAAUUGUA